AUGUUCCUGAGAAGCCACACCCAGGAAAUGACGGAGCUGGUUCUGCCACCUGGGUCCCCUGAUGUCCUCGCGGGCACAGCACCAAGUGAGGAUGACUCGAGCCCACCUGUGGCCGUCCAGCUGAAUCCCGCCUCUACCUCACCCUCCAUGGCGGCAGCUGGGCUCCCAGGCAGGGUCCCACCCGAGCAGCCAGCCCAGACUUGUUGCUCAGACCAGGCUCCUGCUGAGGCCUCUUCUGGAAGCCACUGCACCAGGAGCAGGAUGCUGCGGAGACGGGCCCCAGAGGAGGACAGUGCUGUCCUGAUCAACAUGGCCCCAGGGAUGGAGAAGGGGGACUCUUAUGGGAGCAUAUUCAACACCUCACAGACGGAUGAACACCAGGCAGCCACUCACAGGGCGGGGAGCCCUGCCAAGCCCCGGAUCGCAGACUUUGUCCUUGUUUGGGAGGAAGACCUGAGGCUGGGUGAACAGCAGGACAGCACAACCCAGGACAAGACAGAGACACACAGGGCCUGGCGGGAGACCUUCCUGGAUAACCUUCGUGUGGCUGGGCUGCAUGUGGACCAGCGUCACGUCCAGGAUGAGGGCAGUGUCGUGCACCAUGUCCUCCUCAGUGCCUCCUGGGCCGUGCUCUGCUACUACGCCGAAGACCUGCGCCUGAAGCUGCCCCUGCAGGAGCUGCCUAACCAGGCCUGCAACUGGUCAGCCAGCCUGCUGCAGCGGCUGGGUGUCCCCAACGUGCUGCUGGAGGAUGUGCCCGACAUGCCCCCCGAGUAUUACUCCUGCCAGUUCAAAGUGAGCAAGCUGUCGAGGUUCCUCCACAGUGACAGCCAGGACAGCUUCUUCACCAGCACAAACAGGCACCAGAUUCUGUUUGAGAUCCUGGCCAAGACCCCGUACGGCCAUGAGAAGAAAGGUCUGUUUGGGGUCGACCAGCUGCUGUCCCAGGGCGUCUUCAAGGCGGCAUUCCCCCUGCACGAGGGACCCUUCAUGACGCCCCCGGAGGAUCUGCACGCCCCUGGCCUCAGCCAGCGGCAGAUCCUGUUCCAGUACUGGGCCCGCUGGCGCAAGUGGCACAAGUACCAGCCUCUGGACCACGUGCGCAGGUACUUCGGGGAGAAGGUGGCCUUCUACUUCGCCUGGCUCGGGUUCUACACAGGCUGGCUCCUGCCGGCAGCCGUGGUGGGCACGCUGGUGUUCCUGGUGGGCUGCUUCAUGGUGUUCUCAGACACACCCACGCAGGAGCUGUGCAGCAGUGCCGACAGCUUUGAGAUGUGCCCGCUCUGCCUCAACUGCCCCUUCUGGCUGCUCUCCAGCGCCUGCUCCCUGGUCCAGGCCGGCCGGCUCUUCGACCACGGGGGCACCGUCUUCUUCAGCGUGUUCAUGGCGCUGUGGGCCGUGCUGUUCCUGGAGUACUGGAAGCGGAAGAGCGCCACGCUGGCCUACCGCUGGGGCUGCUUCGACUACGAGGACAUCGAGGAGAGGCCGCGGCCCCAGUUUGCCGCCUCGGCCCCCACGACAGCCCUGAACCCCGUCACCGGCGAGGAGGAACCCCACUUCCCCAGGAGGAGCCGCAUGCGCCGCACGCUGGCCGGCUCCGUGCUGGUGCUGAUGAUGGUGGCGGCGGUGGUCAUGUGCUUCGUGUCCAUCACUGUGUACCGCACCACCAUGGCCAUCCUGGUGUCCAGGUCGAACAACACCCUCCUAGCGACCCGGGCUUCGCGCAUCGCCAGCCUCACCGGCUCCAUGGUGAACCUAGUCUUCAUUCUCACCAUCUCUAAGGUCUACGUGGCCCUGGCCCACGUCCUCACACGGUGGGAAAUGCACCGGACGCAGACCAGCUUUGAGGACGCCUUCACCCUCAAGGUGUUCAUCUUCCAGUUCGUCAACUUCUACUCCUCGCCCAUCUACAUUGGCUUCUUCAAGGGCAGGUUUGUGGGUUACCCAGGCAACUACCACACCUUGUUUGGGGUUCGCAACGAGGAGUGUGCGGCCGGAGGCUGCCUCAUCGAGCUGGCACAGGAGCUCCUGGUCAUCAUGGUGGGCAAGCAAAUCAUCAACAACAUGCAGGAGAUGCUCGUCCCGAAGCUCAAGGGCAGGUGGCUUCGCUCCAAGAAGGGGAAGGUGGCUUCAGCAGCUGUGGGCCAGGCCCCCUGGGAGGCGGACUACGAGCUCCUGCCCUAUGAGGGCCUGUUUGACGAGUACCUCGAAAUGGCCAGGCCCACAAUCAUAGGAUCGGGGAGGGAAAAGGUGGAGGUGCUGAGGAGUCAUCUGCCUGGCUCCCCGCACCAAGUCCACGUUUCCUGCAGGUAUCGAGCAUUCAGGGACCACGAUGGGCAUUAUUCCGGGACCUACUGGAACCUUCUGGCCAUCCGCCUGGCCUUUGUCAUCGUGUUUGAGCAUGUGGUAUUCUCCAUCGGCCGGGUCCUUGACCUCCUGGUACCUGACAUCCCUGAGUCUGUGCAGAUCAAGGUGAAGAGGGAGUACUAUUUGGCCAAGCAGGCGCUAGCCGAGAAUGAGACUCUCUUUGGGACUAAUGGAGCCAAGGAUGACCCGCCCCAAUCCUCAGCGGAAAGCCUGGGCCCACAGCCUAGGUGGCCAGAAGCCAGCCGAGCCUCCCCAGUCCCUUCCCUCUGA